CUGACCCGAAGCCGGCGGGCAAAGCGAACAUGAGCUGCCCGCCCCAGGCGGCCCUGCCCUGGGCCCUGGCCCUGCUGCUGGCCGUGCAGCUGCGCAGCCUGGAGGCCGGGGCCCACAGAGCCCCGGACCCUGACUUUCAGGAGGCCUACUUCGAGCAGCUCCUGGACCAUUUCAACUUCGAGAGGUUUGGGAACAGGACCUUCCGCCAGCGGUUCCUGCUGUCAGAGAAGUUCUGGAAGAGGGGCGAGGGGCCGAUAUUCUUCUACACGGGCAACGAGGGGGACGUGUGGUCCUUCGCCAACAACUCAGGGUUCAUCCUGGAGCUGGCGGCGCAGCAGGGGGCCCUGGUCGUCUUUGCCGAGCACCGGUACUACGGAAAGUCUCUCCCGUUCGGUGAGCGGUCCAGGUGCCGCGGGUACACGGAGCUGCUGACGGUGGAGCAGGCCCUGGCCGACUACGCGGGGCUGCUCCGGGCGCUUCGGCAGGAACUUGGGGCCCAGGACGCCCCCGCCAUCGCCUUUGGCGGGAGCUAUGGGGGGAUGCUCAGCGCCUACAUGAGGAUAAAGUACCCCCACCUCGUGGCGGGGGCACUGGCGGCCAGCGCACCUGUCGUCGCGGUGGCAGGCCUCGGUGACCCCUACCAGUUCUUCCGGGACGUCUCGGCAGACUUUGAGGGCCAGAGUCCCAAGUGUGCCCAGGCCGUGCGGGACGCCUUCCGGCAGAUCAAGGACUUGUUCCUACAGGGAGCUUAUGACACGGUCAGCCAGGAGUUCGGCACCUGCUCGCCACUCUCUGGCCCGGGGGACCUGACCCAACUCUUCGCGUUUGCCCGGAAUGCCUUCACCCUGCUGGCCAUGAUGGACUACCCGUACCCUGCCGAGGUCGUGGGACACCUUCCGGCGAACCCCGUCAAGGUUGGCUGCGACCGGCUGCUGACUGAGAGCCAGAGGAUCAAGGGGCUCCGAUCGUUGGCCGGCCUGGUGUACAACUCCUCGGGCACGGAGCCCUGCUAUGACAUCUACCUGCAGUACCAGGUCUGUGCCGACCCCACGGGCUGCGGCCUGGGCCCUGAUGCCAAGGCCUGGGACUACCAGGCCUGCACUGAGAUCAACCUGACGUUUUCCAGCAACAACGUGUCGGACAUCUUCCCUGACCUACCCUUCACUGAAGCACUGCGCCAGCAGUACUGCCUGGACACGUGGGGCGUGUGGCCCCGGCAGGACUGGCUGCAGACCAGUUUUGGGGGAGGCGACCUCACAGCUGCCAGCAACAUCAUCUUCUCCAACGGUGACCUGGACCCCUGGGCAGGGGGAGGGAUUCAGAGCAACCUGAGCACGUCGGUCCUCGCCAUCACCAUCCACGGGGGAGCGCAUCACCUGGACCUCAGAGCGUCCCACCCAGAAGACCCCGCGUCUGUCGUGGAGGCACGCAGUCUAGAGGCCACCCUCAUCGGCAAGUGGGUCGAGGCAGCCAGGCGUGAGCGACGGCUGCGGCUGGCAUAGCACGGGGGCUCGGAGGCUGAGGGGUGCUCCCGCAGCAGGACCACAGAGGACUUGCUGGGAGCCUGA